AUGGCUUCAGGUUAUGACAGAGCUCUGUCGGUGUUCAGUCCCGAUGGACACGUUUUCCAAGUCGAAUAUGCUGGUGAAGCUGUGAAGCGAGGAACCUGUGCUGUUGGUGUCAAGGGCCAGGAUGUUGUUGUACUUGGCUGCGAGAAGCGCUCUGCCAUGAAACUCCAAGAUACCCGAAUCACCCCCUCUAAAAUCCAAGUUCUCGACAACCACGUCGCCCUCGCCUUCGCUGGCCUCAACGCCGACGCCCGAAUCCUCGUCGACAAGGCACGUCUAGAGGCUCAGUCGCACAGACUUACCGUCGAAGACCCCGCCACCAUCGAAUACAUUACAAAAUACGUUGCCGGCGUGCAACAACGGUACACUCAGGCUGGUGGUGUCCGCCCUUUUGGUAUCAGCACGAUGGUUGUUGGAUUUGAUAAGAACAGCAAGAUCCCUCGUCUCUACCAGACCGAACCGUCAGGCAUCUAUUCUGCGUGGAAGGCCAACGCCAUCGGCCGCUCCAGCAAGACCGUCCGCGAGUUCCUGGAACGCAACUACAAGGAGGAGAUGGACCGGGAGGCUACUAUCCGCCUGGCCAUCAAAUCGCUAUUGGAAGUUGUGCAAACGGGAGCCAAGAACAUCGAGAUUGCUCUGAUGGCCCCCGGGUCUACUAUCGAAAUGCUUCCCACGGAAGAGAUUGAGCGCUACGUCAAGGAGAUUGAGCAAGAGAAGCAGGAAGAGGCUGCCAAGAAGAAGACUGGUCGCGCUCCCGCCAUCAGUGGCACGGCAAUUCCCACGAGAAGCCAGGAUGACUCUGCCGCCGAGUAA